AGGGAGGGAGGGAAAGAGCAGAGUUGUGUCCCAUAUGUGGAAAAAAAAGCAUAGCAGUGCACACUCUAGUCCGGUCAGCUCCAGGGAUUAUCCUAGUGUUUUCAGAUCUGAUGGAGGACAUGCAGGCUUGAAUAGGGUUGUUGUGUUGUCGGUGCAUACUCAUGCCAGUGAUGGACCACAACCGGACCGGCGCUAACCUUAGCUGGCAUUUAUGAAACAUCAUUCCUCCUUACAGAGACCAGCUCCACAGAAUGCUGAGUCCUAUUGUCCCUUAUAGCCUGUUAAAGAUGCACUGGAACCCAGAGCAUGCCCAGCCCCUCAGCCAGUGGCCUGAGCAGCACCUGGACGUUACCUCCACCACCUCCUCUCCAGCCCACAAGGCGGAAAUCUACUCCAGCCGUGGACGCAGCUCCUACAACUAUGCCUGGGCCAAUGAUGAUAUCUCUGCCCUCACAGCCUCAAACCUUUUGAAGCGCUAUGCUGAGAAGUAUGCAGGUGUGCUAGACUCUCCAUAUGACCGACCUCCCACAGUGGGAACAUACCCAGAGCCGGGGCCUUUUGGGGGCCUUAAUGGCCAGAAGACGGAACUGGAACCGUGGCCACUGACCCACAACGCUGAUGCUUCCUAUCCUUUGGUUGCUUCUGGAGGCCAUGAGAGUCUUUCAGGCUCCAAGACUGCCACGUCUGCAGCCCCCCCUGGGCCGAACAGCGUGUCAGUAGCCAACAGCAAUCUGUCAGACUCAGCCUACAGUGGCAGCAGCUCCUGCAGUGGUUCAACUGAGUACCCCUCUAGCUACAAUGGCACCUAUCUUUCGUCAGGGUUCUGUCCUCAGCCCAGUGCAGCACUUCCUCCCACCUCCCUCCACACUUUGCAACCCACAGCCACUUUGGUGCCCAGCUACAGCCCUAACACAGCUGUUUAUAACUACCCACCAAGCACAUACCCACCCCAGACUAGCCUUGCUACAAGCUACAGUCACCCUUCCACAACAUACCUCCCUUCUGGUCUACCAGCUCCGACACCCAUCCCCACAAGACCCACUGUAGUUGGAGGCUCAUAUAGCUACCAGAGCUCCAACCUUGGAGUAUCUGAGAGUGGAGUCACGUUAAAAAGGAAGGCAUUUGAAAUGGGAGUAGAGGAGGAUGACAGCGGGGAUAGGUCACGGUACAGGAAAUACAACUAUGAUGCCUUGAAGGCUGGAGGAACCUCUCCCUACGGUGUGAAUGACAAAACAGAGUCCAGAGGAAAUGGAUUUAGCAGUUCAGGCAGCACAGAUCCUCAAACAUUCAAGGCAAACAAGCCCUCCUCCCAGCCACUGGUAUCUCCUCAAUUUGGGACUGGUGGAGAAUACAGUCCACCUGCAGGCGUGACAGGGGAGAACGGGGUAACAGAGCAAGGCUUCACCCAGCAGCAACAACGCCCUCAGUCACUGAAACAUAAUUCGCUAUGUACAGCAUCUGCUGAAGCUUUAAAGAGCCCAGACCCCCGACUGCUGGAGCUCAUCAACGGAGAAUUGUUAGAUUGCCGUCCAGAUCUGCUCUGGACUGAACUGUUUGGGCUCAAUCAUGUCAAGUCUGCCCUGGAGGAGGACCUGCUUUGGCCCGUAUUAAGGCCAAGUCCUGUGAUCCGGCCACCCAGAACUCUCCUGCUGUUUGGUCCCAGAGGAGGGGGUAAGAAGACACUAAGUCGUUCGCUGGCCUCCCAGAUGGGGGCUUCCUUCUACACUGUGAGCGGACCAAUGCUGGCCUCAAAGGGAAAGCUUGAGGCAGAGCGCAUUUUAGGUUCUCUACUGCAGGUGGCAGGGGCACAGCAAGCCUCGGUGAUACUGCUCAGUCAAGUUGAGGCGAUGGAGGAGGAGGGGCUGAUGCAGAUACUGCUAACAACUCUAGAGAAAGUCCGGGUUGGCUCCACAGGUUUGGUUAUUCUUGUGUGCACCACCGGAAGGCCCGAUCUCCUGCAGGACGCGGUUCACCGAAGCUUUGCCAAGAAGUAUUACGUUGGCCUCCCAGAUGUAGCGACUCGUCAACAUGUGCUGCUGCAGGCACUGCAGGGCUUCAACCUGUCAGAGAGGGAGCUAAAUGCUGUACUGCAGCGCACCGAAGGCUUCUCAGUGUGGGAGCUGCUGCAGCUCAGCCAGCAAGUGCUUUCCUCAUCGUCCUCCCCACCUGGAGCCAUGCAUAGACUCACCAACUCCCCAAAGCCUCUGAACUUUACAGAUUUUGAGAAUGCCUUUUGCAAGGUGCGUCCACACACCACCACAAAGGACUUGGAUACUUGUAUAGAGUGGAGCAAAAUGUAUAGCCACUGAGAAAGCAGCUAGUCACAGUACUUGGACUGCACUACAAUUCUGUUUUUGCAUUGGCAUUUAAAGCCUUGGGUAUAUUUUGCUGUUAUUUCUUUAUUACUGAUUAUGCAGCCAGAAGAUCCAGAGAAUCUUGAGGGUAGGGGUAGUGCUGAGAAAGUAAUUUCACUGGCAGGAACCUGACAUGGUGUACCGUUUGUUUUGCCCAGAAGACUGACAAUAUUUGAUGUUUUCCCAAAGAUAAAGUGAGGUGAAGGUGUAAUACUUCUUUAGCCAACGGGGAAAAUCUGAGAGGUAUUUAGAUUCUCUCCAAGAUCCUGAUUAGCCUUGGUCUAGGAAAAAAAUCUGUAAUUUGUUGCUAGAUUCAAGAUUAUGGAUAAUCAGGUUUUGGAAAAAUCCCCCAUUUGGCUGUUACUCUCAGGUUUCUAUUUAUUACCAAUCCACCGCCAUGUUAUUGUACAGUCAAAGGAUGUAGUAACAGGAUCGUUGUGCAAAGGGCUUAGGAUUAGUAACACUUCUGCAACCUUUUUUUUUUUUUUUUACCAAAAACAUGGAAAACCAAA